UACUCCGUCCCAGAAAAUACAUACAGAAGACAUAAAAAUUCCUGUGCUCUCCCGAGUCCCCAACCGAUUCGCCGUAAACCCUAGCUCCAACCCCGGCGAGGCUAGCGAGCACUCAGGAUCCGCGGAGAUGCCUACGGUUUCGUCGGCCAUGGACUGGCUGCAGGCGGCGGCGCAGGACGCCGCCAACUCAUCCGCCUCCGGCUCCGCCGCCUUCCCCGACCAGGUCCUCGUGUCCAGGGCCGCAGGCCGGGUCGUGUCUCUGUCUACCUGCACGAAGGUCGGCGCCAUCAGCUUCGUGGUGGGCGUCGCCGUGGGCUUCACGCUGAAGAGAAGGCUGCGCCUGUGGGCUGCCAGGCUGCUCAAGAGGAUCAAGGAUGACUAGCCUAGUCAGUUAGCUUGUGCGACGUCUCUUAAGUUUUGUUCGCAAGCGCACUCUAGCCCCAUGCUGAACCUACCUGAUUGCUUGGAUAAACUGUGAUGGAUCGUGCAAGAUAGUGACUUCUUCAUAGAACUGUAUAAUCGUGAUUACUUUUAGGGAAUUUGUACUGGCAAUUGUGGUUAUGAGCAUCUCAUAUCUCCUACUGCUGA